AUGGGUUUCGCCCACAAUCCCGUGGCGGUGCAGGCGGUUGGAUGGGCCGAGGAUCAAGGACGCCGGCCUGAAAUGGAAGACGGCUUUGUCUUCGUUGACCAGUUCGGGGGCACCCAGCGCAGCGCCUUCUUCGCGGUCUACGACGGCCACGGGGGGCGGCAGGUGGUGGACUUUGUCACCCGCGAGCUGCAUGAGAACUUGCUGCGGGAGCUCCGCAGGACAGGAUCUCCGGCUGACUCCCUGCUCCAGGCCUUCCGCUUGACGGACGAGGACAUGCUGCGGAGGAACAUUACGUCCUCGGGGUGCACGGCAUGCUGCUGCCUUUUGCAGGAUGAGGCCCGUGGCCGCGUGAUCUACACGGCCCACCUCGGGGACAGUCGCGCGGUGCUGGCGCGCAGCGGCAGCGCCACUCGCAUGACCUCGAUGACUGACCACAAGGCCACAGAUCCGCUGGAAGCGAAGAGGGUCAUCGAAGCUGGUGGUCACAUCAUCAACGACCGGGUCAACGGCAUGCGCUUCGGCCAAUUGAGCAGGGGUGUAGAAGGUUGA